GUUCAACACUACCUUUUUUUUCUUCAGCAUCUUCUCUUAUCCUCCAUCUCAAGAAGACAAUAACAUAGUCUUUUCUCAUAUUUGUGGAAGAAGAAAUACUACUAUAUUCUUGUCACAUCUUGAACUUCUUUUUAUAUAUAUCUAUAUAUAACAAAUGACCUUGGCAGAGUUACGUCUCAGGGCUGCCGUCGAUAAAUCACAAACAACAAACUAUGGUGUAAAACGAUGGAUAUCAUCAGUGAACCGUCUCUACGAAGAAGGAGAUAUUGCAUUACGUCUCGGUAACAUAGAAAACGCAUACGUACAUUACAUGAAAGGAUGCAGUAUCAUGUUAGAUAUUAUUCAGCACCAUCCGGAUUAUGCUUCCACACAAAACGAUCCAUUUUAUAUCAAGCUAAGGAAGAGAACUAAUAACGAAAUAUUCACUAUACUUGAAGAUAUUGGAGAACAACUGCAGUCUCAGUAUGAUAAGCAAAAACGGAGAGAUCAACAAGAAUCAUUAUCUUCCCCGGAUGACAAUAAAGAAAAUCAGGAUGAUGAUAUCGAUCUUCAAAGAACUCUUGAUAAAUACCCUGCUAUAUCAUCAAGUGGUCUAUCAGCUCUAGAUAAUCUUCCACCUGUUCCUGUUCAUACACCAUCUGCCAAGAAUUUUAACAAUGCUAGCUCUACCAUCCCUAAUGAUGUCAGUGAUAAUUUGAAGACAGAUUCAACAUCAUCAUUAUCAUCUCAAUUUGCCAAGCUUCAGGUGACCCCGAAUUCAACACAUCAGAGUUCAAAAGGGGAGAAGGCUUUGUCUGAAUCUCCUAGUGUUAUAAAUGAUCGUGAAAAUAUCAAUAAUACAUCUUACUCCAAUCCCAUUCAAUUACCACCUCGAACCAAUAAUGUAUUUCCUCAGAUGCCUCAGGUAGAACCUCGUGAACUUGCAAAAUGGAUCACUCGAAAGGAUAAUCCUGCUAGUAUACUUCUUUUGGAUGUCCGACCUCGCGAUAUGUUUCGACAUGCUUGUAUCAAACACAGAUGGAUGGUACAAAUUGAACCUUUGGUACUUCGGAAAGAUGUCUCUUCGCAUAAAAUUCAAGAUUCAUUAGUAUUAAACCCAGAAGCUGAACAACAACUCUUUGAACAAAGAAAUAGAUUUGAUUUAGUGGUGUUUUAUGACCAAAACUCACCUUCAAUCACGCAAAUGAAUUUGCCUCUCACCUAUUUAAAAAAUGCCAUUUAUGAUUUGGAAUUUACGAAAAAGUUAAAUCGUGCACCGAUGUUAUUAGCAGGUGGAUUUGACUCUUGGGUCGCUUCUAUUGGUCCUCGUGGUGUAUAUUGUUUUGAUAACAAAGAUGAAGCGUCGAAACAGCAACAACAGUCGCAAUUAGGUUAUCAAGGGAACACAUCUCAUUUACAAGGACAUCGAUUAAUGAAUGCUAACAUGGGAAGAAUUGAUGGGCAUUCUUAUCAUGAAAAGACAGAGGUAUCGCCAGUAAAUCAUACGCUUUAUGACUAUUUUAAUCAAAAACAACGCGUUGGUCACCUGCAAUCAAUGAGUCAAUCGAAUCAAAUGGCAUAUUAUUCAUACCAACCAUCAUCAUCUAUACAACAAUCGUAUCCAUAUACAUAUUCAAAUAGUAUACCCAUGCCCGCUCCUAUGCCUAAUCCUUAUUAUUCACAAAAUACCACAACACCUGAAAAUGAGAUUGCCAACUUUUCUUCACGGUAUCCUGAUAUUCGUCCAAAUACAUCAACGAUGCCUGAAACUGGGUUACAACGACGUCAUACAUUUAUUGAUAAUCCAUUUCAUGGUUUUACAGCCACUUCGAAUAAAUUAUAUGAUAUCCCACCAGUACCUGCCAAACCAACACGACCAUUACCACCACCUCCGUCACCAUCAUCCAUUGCAACUACUUCACAUGUCAGUCCACCUACUCUGCGACCUUCAUCUGCUGGACCUACUUCAUCAACUGUCACUGGAAUGCCUGGUCCAAAUUUACCUCCAAAAAUACCAAUCACUUCAAACAACAAUAAUCCUCAUGCUAGCAUUGCUACAAAUACUCGCAUCGCACCUGUUUCUGAUAGUUCUUUCUCUCAGUUAGGAGGUGUUUUGAUUGGUACAACAGGAUUAAAGAAUUUGGGAAAUACAUGCUAUAUGAACUCCAUCAUACAAUGUUUAAGCGGAACAGUUCCUUUUGCAAGAUAUUUUAUUUCUGGCUUAUUCAAGAAUGAUAUCAACAAACAAAAUCCACUUGGGACAGGAGGCGUAUUGGCAGAGAGCUUUGCUGAAUUGAUUCGUGUCAUGUGGAGCGAAAAUUACAAUUUUAUCUCGCCUGUCACAUUUAGAGAAGCACUCGUCCGAUUUGCACCUCAAUAUUCUGGUAGUGAACAACAAGAUUCUCAAGAAUUCCUCAAUUUUCUACUCGAUGGAAUACAUGAAGAUUUAAAUGCUAUUAGAACUCCAUCACGGUCAAAUUGUAUGGAUGAUCCUGCCGAAGAAGCUCGUUUCGAAUUGUUACCAGAUUAUCAAGCAAGUACUUUGGCGUGGGAAAAAUAUUUGGCACGGAAUGCAAGUAUUAUUGUCAGUUUAUUCCAAGGUCAAUAUCGUAGUCGCCUUACUUGUUUGUCAUGUAAAACCACUUCAACAACAUAUAAUGCUUUCAUGUCUUUGUCUUUACCCAUCCCUUCCAAACGAACAAAACUUUCCAAUAGUGUAUCUCUUUACCAAUGUUUAGAUUAUUUUGUCAAGGAAGAAAUAUUGGAAAAAGCUGAUGCUUGGCAUUGUCCUAAAUGUAAAAAGUUAAGGAAAGCAAGUAAGACACUUACACUCUCGCGAUUGCCUGAUGUCUUGUUGAUUCAUUUGAAACGUUUUUCCUUUGAUGGUCCCUUCCGAAACAAAUUGGAGACCAAUGUUGAUUUCCCUACAAAAAACCUUGACUUGAGUCGUUAUUUUCCUAAAUCGAUGAUACCUCAAGAUUGCGCCCCACCUACCUUAAAUUAUGACCUUUAUGCAGUUUCGAAUCAUUAUGGAUCGUUAACUGGUGGUCAUUACACUGCUUGUGUAAGAAAUGGAUAUCGUGGUGAAUGGCAUAAUUUUGAUGAUACUCGAUUUUCUGUUUGUGAUGAAUCCAAAGUCAAGGUAUAUUAA